CGAGGCGUGCCAUGGCUGCGGUGUCAUUAUUGGGCAGCACAUCUUUCACAGCAGCAUCCAACUUCAAACACAGCUCAGCCCCGUCCACCGGCCUGCUGCGGUCACAGCACAACGUCCUCCGCGCAUCAGACCCGGGACAUCUUCUCCGGGAGGCUCGGCGCUGAGGCACGCAGAGAAAACACGCAGAGACAGCUGGGCACACGCACAAACAAGCAGGAAGUGCGUGAAACUGUCUGGGACAGGUUCAGCGGGGAAAAUCAGAGCAACCAUGCCGAACGAGCGCACCCCUCUUAUCCCCUCAGGGGUUUGUGGUUUGAAUGUGGCCGCAGCAGCAUGUGGCGCAAAGUCAGACUCCCCACCAGUUUCUAGCUCUGAAACACCCACCAAAGACCCCCGCCAACUGGACACAUUUUUUGGCGUCAUGGUGCCGACCAUCCUCUCCAUGUUCAGCAUCAUUCUGUUCCUGAGAAUGGGGUUUGUGGUGGGUCAUGCGGGGAUGUUACAGGGACUUUUAAUGGUGUUUGUUGCUUACACCAUUAUAUCUCUUACAAUACUAUCCAUCUGCGCCAUUUCAACCAAUGGGGCUGUGCAGGGUGGUGGCGCCUACUACAUGAUCAGCCGAUCCCUGGGCCCAGAAUUUGGAGGAAGCAUUGGUUUGAUGUUCUUCCUAGCCAAAGUGUGUGCAUGUGGAGAGUAUGUUCUUGGACUUGUUGAGGCCAUACUUGAUGUAUUUGGGACAAAUCCUGACACACAUGUUGCCGAGGGGUACCGACUGCUCCCUCAUGGUUACUGGUACAAUGUGCUGUACUCCUCAGUAGUCCUUCUACUGUGUCUGAUUGUGUGUCUUGUGGGGGCCCACAUCUACUCACGGACUGCCUUCGUCAUCCUGUUGGUGGUCACUGUGUCCUUGUUGUCCAUUUUCAUCAGUUCUGUUGCAGUCAAACCGUUUGAUUUUAUCAUAACCCAUCCAGGGCCUGGCAAUGGGACCAUCCAGUACAAUGCCAGCUUCACGGGCUUCAGCUCUGCUACUCUGAGGAAAAACCUAGACUCUGAUUACUCUUUAGACUACAGCACCAACACGGUCAUGUCCUUUGCCACUGUGUUUGCCGUCUUUUUCACCAGCUGCACCGGGAUCAUGGCUGGAGCCAAUAUGUCUGGGGAGCUGAAGAACCCAAGUGUUGCCAUCCCUAAAGGCACCAUCUCAGCAGUCUUUUACACAUUCACAGUGUACGUCCUCCUACUUCUCAUGGUCAGCGCCACCUGUGACAGGACCAUGUUGAUUCAGGAUUACGGGUUCCUGCAGAAAAUAAACAUCUGGCCCCCGUUCGUCACCAUCGGGAUAUACUGUGCUUCUCUCUCAGCUGCUAUGUGCUCCUUAAUCGGAGCAUCUCGUAUCCUCCAUGCACUCGCUGUGGAUCACCUCUUUGGUUUGCCAUUAGCCCCUGCUGCUAUCACGUCAAGCUCGGGGAACCCAUGGGUGGCAGUGCUGUACACCUGGGGUCUGGCACAGUGUGUAGUAUUUGCAGGUGAGCUGAACUCUGUAGCAGCCAUGGUGACUGUGUUUUACCUGCUCGCAUACGCUGCGGUUGAUCUGGCCUGUUUGGCUCUGGAAUGGGCAUCUGCUCCAAAUUUCAGACCGACCUUCCAGUUCUUUUCCUGGCACACCUGCCUGCUGGGGAUCCUGAGCUGUCUGGUGAUGAUGUUCGUCAUUAACCCUGUAUAUUCCUCGGGCAGUAUUGUCCUCCUUCUUUUGCUGCUGCUUUUCCUCCACUACAGAUCGCCCACCAGCAGCUGGGGAUACAUCAGCCAGGCACUCAUUUUCCAUCAGGUGCGGAAGUAUCUGUUGAUGCUCGAUGUGAGGAAGGACCAUGUGAAGUUCUGGCGGCCACAAGUGCUGUUAAUGGUGGCCAACCCUCGCUCUUCCUGUCAGCUCAUCCUGUUCGUCAACCAGCUAAAAAAGGGAGGACUGUUCGUGUUGGGCCACGUGCAGCUGGGAGAUCUGGACACCCUGCCUACAGACCCGGUGCAGCAGCAGUACAACUUCUGGUUGAGCCUGGUUGAUAAACUGGAUGUGAAGGCCUUUGUUGACCUCUCACUAUCUCCUUCUGUCAGACAAGGAACACAGCAUCUGCUGCGAAUCACAGGCCUAGGUGGCAUGAAGCCCAACACCCUGAUUUUGGGUUUCUAUGACAGCUGCACCCCAGACGACUUCUUCCUGCAGGACACGGCCUUCUGUAACUCUUCCAUGGGACGAGGGAGUGAAGACGAGUAUAAUUUUGGAGUUGACCUGCCUUCUCUUCAGGCUCACUUCCCGCCAGUGCGACAUGUUGAGAGCCCGCACUCGCUGUCCCCUGAGGAGUAUGUCGGCAUUGUCUCUGACGCCUUAAAAAUGGGGAAGAACGUGUGUCUCGCUCGCUACUUUUUCCAGUUGGAGGGCGAGGAUAAAGAUAGCAAAGUAGAUGGCUCCGAUCGGACAAUAGACAUAUGGCCUCUCAACCUACUCCAGCCUGGCAGCCGUGAUUACGAGGAUGUGUGCAGCCUCUUCCUGCUUCAGAUGGCCUGCGUGCUCAACAUGUCCAAUAAGUGGCGCCGUGCAAGGAUGAGAAUCUUCCUGAAUGUGGAGACAGAGUCCAACGACCAAGGCUGGGUGGUAAAUGAGGAGGCGUUCAGAGAGCUGCUGAGGAAGCUGAGGAUUAGGGCGUCUAUAAAGAUCGUGCCAUGGGACACUGUGGUGCAGCACCACAUUCAGCCAGCUGGAGAACCAAAGGACACUCUGUCUGAGGACUUCCUGUCUGCAGUGAACUCGAUGCUGCUGGAGCACAGCUCACAAUCUGCUGUGUGCUUCCUGUACCUGCCGCGGCCUCCUGCUCAACGUAACCUCUCACAGCAGUAUUUGGCUCAAUUAGAGGCAGUCACCAAUAAUCUGGGGCCGACACUGCUGAUUCAUGGUGUCACACCAGUCACAUACACUGGACUGUGAGCAUGAGCAGUCAUAACUUUCAUGUUCUAUCACUUGAUAAUGUACACGAAACAGCAUUGCAUCUGUCCACUCAUUUUAGCGCUGUAUAAACUCCUUUAUUGUGUCAAAUUAACACAAAACUUAGCAACAGCUGGAUGCUAGGGGAUAUAUGUUUUACUGGAGCUAAGAACAGACCACACUUGAAUGCAUUUUUAAAAAUACACCACUCAAUGCUACUUUUUGCAUUCAGUGAGGAUGGGUCCUGUUUACAAAUACUUGAACUGGCUUGGCGAUUAAGCCAAGGAACGGGGAAAUAUGCUUGUCUGCCUGAUUAACAUCACUGUAAUCUCAUGUUUUCAUUAACUUUAGGCCUUUCCUUUUAACACAAGGUAGUAAUUCUGUGUCCAAGACUGUUGGACAAAAUCAAAGUUUGUUUUGAGUAUUACGGAUUAUUUGAGAGGGGUCUGGCUUCAUACUGUACAUCUCUGAUGGCCACUCUCACAUACCGUUCAUAUGAGAUGCCAUAUAUCUCAGAAAUGAAAGUGUAAUUUGCUGUUACAACAGAUUUCCAGUUUUUAGAUUUUUUUUUAAUUUAACUUUAUACAUAAACAAAGCCUAGCAGUUACAUCCAUGAUAUAACCACAUGGUAAACAUUACAGACUAAAAAACAUUUCAUUAAUUUAACAGAGAAAAAGACCAGUGUUAUAAUUCAGGAUGAAGUUUUGUAUAGACCUGUUUUAGAAGAAGUUGUACAAACUGUGGCUUGAUAUAGCUCCAUUAGCUUUAACUCAAGCUAACAUAGCUACUCUAGCUUCAUAGGUAACAAUACUACAUAAGCCAACGUAGCCAAGUUGGCUUAAGCAGAGUGAACUUAAGAGAAGUUACUAAAGCUAACAUAGCUACAUAGAUAGCGUAUCUAUGUAGUUUAUGUAGCUGCUUUGUGAGCUUAGCGUUAGCUAUGUAGCUCUGUUAUUAAUGAUUAAGUAAGCUUUAGCCACAUGAGCUUAAGCAAACACGACAAAAGCUAACCUAGCUAUGUAGAUAAACAGCCUAUGUAGCUGCUUUGUGAGCUUAGCUGUAGCUAUGUUAGCUACAUAACUAAAGUAACAGCAUAAGCCAAUGUAGCUAAGUUAGCUUUAGCAAUGUGAGCUUGAGCAAAUAUAGCUAAAGCUAACAUAGCUACAUAGCUAGCGUAUCUGUGUAGCCUACAUGGUUGCUUUGUCUGCUUAGCUUUAGCUAUGUUAACUACAUAGCUUUGUUAUGUACAUCUAAGUUAGCUUUAGCAAACUUAGCUUAAGUUCAUGUAGCUACAUAGAUACAUAGCUAAUGUAGCUGCUUUGUGAGCUAAGCUUUAGCAACAUCAGCUUUAGCAAACUUAACUAAAGCUAACAUAGCUAUGUAGACAUUUAGCAUUUGUAGCUGACAUAGCUUCAUGUGUGCUUAGCUUUAGCUACAUUAGCUAUGUAGCUCUGUAAUCUAUAGCUCAGUUAUUUUUAGCAAUGUGAGGUUUAGCAAACUUGACUAAAGCUAAUUUAACUACAUAGAUAAUGUAGAUACAGAGGCUAUGUAGCUGCUUUGUAACGUAACUGGCACAGCUAAUGGAGCUACAUAAGCUAUGCUUGCUCCUGUAUGCAGACUGUUUACUUUGCCUUAUUAAAUGUUUUGUUAUCAGAUUUUUUUUACUUUUGGUAUCUUAACUGUUACUUUAAUCCUUUCCUUAACACUUAACGGAACUUUAAGCCAAUUUUGUUUCAAAAGUUUUAGCGUGUGUUUCUGUUCUGAGAUUUACAGCAUCUUAGAUGAACCGUCUUGGAGAGUGGCCUUCAGAGAUAAACAGUCUUUGGGAUUAUUUAGGGUAUUAAAAAUGGAGUUGUCUGUAUAUAAUUUGCAGGCAUGAAAUUAUGAAUUUGUAGUAUUUACGCUGAGUAUUCAUCAUAGUGAACACCUCUGUCCUGGUUCAGUUUUUAAAUGAAUUAGUGCUACUGCUAAUUGUUCUGUGUACAUUUUCUGCCUGCCUCUACAUUUACACAUUUCUGCUGGUGUCAGGACCAACAAUGCAGAGACAUUUUGUUUCUGAGCUUUGUACUGAUUCUCAUUUUGAAGCACUUCUGCAAACUUAUUUCCUUUUUUCUGUUGUUAAAUUUGUCACAUGUCAGUUUUGUAUAUUUGAGCUCAAAAUAAUGAACAGCUGGUUUUGCUGUUUUAUUUGCUAACUUAAAAAGAACAAUUUGAUAUUUGACGGUCAGACGUACACCUGUAAGAAGUGUACUAGUUACUGUUAGUGUACUAGUUACUGUGAGCUCUGUCCUACUGUUACGCUCAGUCAGGGCUCAGACCAGUGACGAUGCAGACCAAAUUUAAAAAAAAAAAAAAAAAACAUUAGAAACCAGAGCAAGUUUUACACAAUUCCUUAUAUUUACAUAUACAAUUCCCCAAAGAUGUCACUGUGCUCUUAUCAUGUGGCAGCAAUCACAUGGACCCUUAGAUAAAUCACAAAUAGCUGCUAAACAAAUCCAUCUGCACUUUUGUCAUGUUCCACCUUGACUUGUAUUUAAUAGUAAAUGAGAAAGCCUUGAAGGACUGACAUUUGUUAUUAAUGGUCUUUACUGUAGAUGUACAUAAUAAACGGCUGUUUGUCAAAGGAGUAAAUAUGUGUAUUGUGUGCAGUCUAUGUGUUCAUAAUCUUCUGAAUAAUCCCAUUUUGGGUCCUGGGGGUGCUGGAACCAAAAGUAGGUAAAAGCCUGGGUAGAACCUGGACAGGUCACCUGUCAGUCACAGGUAAAUUAACAGUCACACCUACAAGCGAUUUAGAGUCACCAAGUGGGAGGAGACCCGGAGAUCACUAACAAAGUUAAGCAUGCAUUCAUGAAGAAAACACGCCAAUGAGGUGCUGGUAGCCUAGUGGGUAUGAUGCAUUCAGAAAGUAUUCAGACCCCUUUCAUUUUUUUUGUUUUUCUUAUGUUGCAGCCUGAUGCUACAGUUGAAACAUUUUUGCAAAUGACUGAUAUGACAUUACACAAGCAUUCUGACUCUUUUGCAAAAACACUUGAAUUAGCUCAGGUUCCUCUUAUUUCUCUAGAUCUUUGCUGAGAUGUUACAGCUUGAUUGUAGUCCCCCUGUGGUAAGUUAAAUUGGACAUGAUUUCAAAAGGCACACAUACCUCUAAAGAAGGCCUCAGCUGAUAAUUCAUAUCAGAGCAAAAUCCAAGCCAUGAGGUCAAAAGAACUGCAUGCAGAGACAGGAUUGCUGCAAGGCACAGAUCUAGGGAAGGCUACAAAAAAUUCUGUUGCACUAAAGGUUCCCAAGAGCACAGUGGGCUCCAUAAUUCUCAAAUAGAACAAGUUUGGCACAACCAGGACUUUUCCAAGAGCUGGUCACCUGACAAAACUAAGCCAUCUGAGGAGAAAGGCGUAAGAGGAGUAAAAGAGGUGACCAAGAACCCAUGGUCACUUCUACCGAGCUUCAGAUAUACUGUGUAGAGAUGGGACAAAGUUCAAGAAGGACAACCAUCUCUGCAGCACUCUAGUUCUUAUGGUAGAGUGGCUGGACGGAAGCCUCUCCUCAGUGCAAAACACACGAAAGCCAGCUUGGAGUUUGCAAAAACUUCACAUGAAAGCCAAGCAGGCCACUCAGUUCUAAUGGAAGCUAUAAAUUUACUCCUUAUAACAGUUUUUUUCCAUUGGUUUGGCUUAUUUCUUGAAACCGAAAUUACAUUCUCAAAACUCUAAGAUUAUUUGGCAAAACAGUCUUACAGUUCAGCACAACACCAUAGCUCACUUGCAAAAGCUCGUAUCUCUCCCAAAACUGUUCACUCAUGCUUCAAAGCUAAAUUCCUUUCCCAUAUAAAUAGCCAGUGCCACCAAAAAUGCAAAGAUCCUUCUCAGUUGCUUUGGCUCAUUUCUUAAAACAGACAGGACGUUCUCAACACUCUUGGUGCUUUUGCCAAAAUAACCUGGAUGGUUCAGCACAACACCAUGGUUCACUUGCAAAAGCUCAUAUCUCUCCCAAAACUGUUUACUCAUUUUUCAAAACUUAAUCCUAUUCUCAUAAAUAGUCAGUGCCCCCAAAAUGCAUUGUCCCUUUGGUAUUGUGUAAGCACUGCAAAUCAAAAUGUUUUGAUGUUUUGUCACCAUGGCAGAUGACCAUUGAAAUAUCCCUCAUGUCCAUCUCUCAGUCUUAGCCCAGUCCUUCAUUGACAAUGGUUACUGUGCUAGUUUUUUUUUUUUGUCUCGCUGACAUAAUACAAUUGUGUGAAAAACUGGGAAAAAAAAGAAAAUAGGAUUUCACAGUAAGAGUAGCCUCCAAGGUUUGACAUCACACAUUGCACUCAUACUGCCAAGGAAAUUGUAACUUUUUAUCCACAUACAUUAAGUAACUUCCAUACAUCAGAGUAAAAAGAAAACGCAUACAGCAUAACAAUCUGUAAUAUAAACACAUAAACAAAAAACAAGCUCCAUAUAUACAUGUUUGGAAGCAUUCACAAUCAUGGACAGCACCUAUCAGGUAACUAAACACACUGUUUGAUUGGUCAUCUGAGAUGUGUGAAACUCCUCCUUCGUUAGUCAAGUUCUAGUUUCACCUGACUGUCAAUUAAUUAAUUUAUCCAAUGUUCCAAGAGAUUCAUGUAUGCUUUUCAUGGUUUUACAGUUUGUUCUUGACUAGUUUUGACAAUUGAACAGACUAUUGUGCAUGUGAUGACUUAUACAAUGAAAUGAUGCUGACAUGCUUUGGAGAGAACAACCAUUAGGCUGAGAAGUCAACAAUCAGUUUAGAUCAACAAGGUCUAUUCACUUGGGAAUUAUGCUAAACGCAGGCUAUCUGUACUUAAUCAUUUGCAGAGAUGUACUGAGACAUUGAGAUAUGUACUGAGACAUUUGCUGAGAAAUUCAAUUCUGUUGUGAACAAUUGCCAAGUGGUUUGGAGGUUUGUCCAUGUUAUUUUGAGAAUGUAAUUUCGGUUUCAAGAAAUGAGCCAAACCAAUGGAGAAAAACUGUAAAUUAAGGGCAACAGUGGCUGCUGUAAAUUGAGGCUUGGGAUGGGAACUGGGAGGACUCUGGUUCAGAGUCUCUGGUAAGGACUAAAGUUUAAAAUGGUCCUGGCAUUUCUCUUCAUUAGUGCAUGAUCAUCAGAUGCAGUUUGUGCAUGUGUGUAUCAUAUUUAAUAAUAGUGUUAAUACUGAUGCCCUAUCUAGGAUUUUUAUGAGGGAAAAAGAUGCUUAUUGUCAUUUUUUCUCCUAUUGACAGUAUCCUUAACCUGACACGCCAGAUGGAUGUGUUUCACACAUCCAUCUGGGAAGGCUUCAAAAGGAAACGUUUGAGAAAAGGCAGAGGCUUUGA